UCACCUCUGCUGAAGCCACGGCCCCCACCCUGCCCUUCCUUACCAUCGGAGUCUGUGAGCCCCCACCAGAGCACCCAGCCCCUCUGCCGGACGACGGAGAAGCCGCCAAAGCCAAGGAGCAGCAGCAAAGCGAGGAGCUGCUGAAACAGACGGCAGCCGAGAGGCGGAAGAUCGUCUGGGAGUGGCAGGAGCUGCGAGGGUUUCUGGAGGAGCAGGAGCAGCGGCUGCUGGCCCGGCUGGAAGAGCUCGAGAGAGCCAUUGCCCAGAGAAGGGAUGAGGGCGUCUGCAGCCUGUCCUGGGAGAUUUCCCUGCUCAGUGAGAGGGGAGAAGAGAAGGGGCAGCAGCCGCUGAGCCAGUCCCUGCAGGGUGCCGGGAGCUGUGGGGGCAGCAGGGAGGAUGGGACGUUUCAGAAGCCAGAGCUGGGGUUUUUGGAGCUGGAGAAGAGACUCAGCGAUUUCUUUCUGAAAAGUGCCAUGCUCCAGGAGGUGCUGCUGGGAUUCAAAGAGACGCUGCGACUGGAGCUGGGGAGCGACACAGGCUGCAGAAUAACAUCCCCGGGUCCCUCCAGAUCCUCCUGGGGAAGGGAAAUGGAUGCAGCAGAGCUGUCUCAGAGGCCGGUGACCUUCGAGGCGGUGGCUGUGUAUUUCACCAGGGAAGAGUGGGCUCUGCUGGACCCCCGUCAAAAAGCCCUCUACAGAGACGUCAUGCAGGAGAACUAUGAGAAUGUGACCUCGCUGGGUAAGGAUUCCCAUCCUCUCGGUUACUAGAAGGGGAAAUGCAGCGUUAAGGUUCAUGUCACCCCCGCAAUGCCAUGUUCAUUCUGCCCUGAUUCAACAACACCGCAACAAGCCAGUGACACACACACCAGCACUCUACCCUGCUCAUUACCGAGCGCUCUGGGAACAGAGCAGUACAGCACAAAGUCUAACAUCUUCUCUUUGCUCAGGCAAAACUUGGGUUUAGGUCCGGCAUAGCAAACAGAAGCUUCCGACUCCUGGCCGGCCCUCAGAUGGAGCCUACGCCACACGAACCAUCACAGACUUCCAAAAUAUCACCAUGUCUUUGCCCCUGAGGGUU